AUGAGUAAUUCUAAUUUACCAGAUUUCUUUAAAUCAAAUUCAAAACCCAAUAAUAACUUUAAAUCAAUUUGGAAUAAUAACGACGCUUUACCCACACUUUCCUUUACAGAUUCUUUGAAUUCUUUUAACCAAUUGGAUUUGAAUGGCACUAAUAAUGUCAUUGACAAUAAUAAUGUCAUUGAUACUGGUACUGUCAUUAACACUGGUACUGCCAUUGAUAAUCCCACUCCCUCUCACUCCCUCAACGCUACUCCUCAGCUUCAUCAGAUACAUCCACAGCCAUACAAUCCCACCCACACUCACCCACAGAUGCACUCACAAACACCCCCUACAAUUCCUCCCACUCUCCCCACUCCCCCCUCCACCGAUCAAAUCAUCCGCCACCAAGAACUACAGGACCUCAAAAGACGCAGAAAAGCUAUAAAAAUUAGCUCCAUGUCCAAUUACAAUCACUUAAUGACCCCCUCCGACAAAUCUUACAUCCUGAGAAUUCAACUCAGCUCACUAGCAACCGCUGACCCCUACACCGACGACUUUUACGCUCAAAUCUACUCAAUUCUUAUGCGUAAGAAUCAAGGUGUUCUCAACGUUGGUGGUAUGGCUCUCUCCGUCGCUGCUGGCUCUACCCACUCCGGCAUCGGCAUCGGCGCUGCUAAAAAGUUACGCGAUCAAAUCGAUAAAAUUGUCAGAUCAAAGAGGCAGAAUCAGCUAGACGAUAAAAACAAUCUCAACCAAGAAAACUCCCUCGUCGGCGCUCUAGGCACAUCCACUAAAACUAAUUCCAGAGCCCCAAGACAGGUACUUCAAAUCGAUUCUGACAUUUCCUCCGAGUCAACAAAGGCUUCCGCAAUAGAUGUCCUCUCCUCCCUUCAGAAAGGUUACCCCAUCUCUUCCAACUCGUCAAACUCCCCUCAACCCCCACUCACACGUCGUCAGUGUCUGAUGGCUUCUGAGAAGCUGUACGAUCAUGUACUCGCUCUUGAAAGUCUUGCCAGGUCUAAACCGAAUGAGUCACCCACUGAGCAAGUCAAUGAAGAAGAUCAUGUACAAUCCACCCAAGCCUGGCAAUCACAAUACGCCAACCACAUUGACGCUGUGUGGAAGGGGUUGAGAGUGAUGGAGCCGCUCGAACUAUCCAAUCCUCAUCCCUUCAUCUCCUUAAUCGCCCUCCCCAAAACAUCCAAGCUCCUCCCCAGAGCAACUCGACACCUCGACCACCAACAAAUCCUCACUAUCAACACUCUCAUCAUUGCGUGUUUCUCCCAACUCCUCUCUCUCCAAGAUAGCUGUGGUAGUUUUGUCGAAGCUUUCUUGAGUGGUGUGGUGCCGCAAUUUAUGAGUAUGAUUGCUGGCGUUAGUUUGCGCCUGGUGGCUGGAAUGCUUGCGUUGUUUGUUGAGCGCAACGAUGUCGUAACUGUGGCGCAGUCUAAGCCCGGUCUAGCCUUCCUCACCAUCCUACUCAGCAGAGCUGAGAUACUCAAGCAGAUCCCGCUUGGUGUCGAGCAGGCACCUGCGCCUGAAGAGACAGCUCAAUGGGACCAGAUCUUCUCCCUCUUCUUGCACAAACUCCUCACUCACCUCCCCCACCUCUUCCCUUCGCAGCGCGAGAAAGCUGCGCGCGGGUUUGGUGGAGUGCCUGGUGUGCCCGCCGUUGACACCCACACCACCACUCUCCUCCUCGACAACGACGAUGAGAGCGUGUGGCGCUUCCUCGCGGCUAUUGCACUCAACAGCGAUAACAUCCAGCAAUCUUCCCUCGUGCAAGACGUGCGUGAUGUCGUCCAUGAAAACGUAGUCUCGGCUCAACAAGCUUGGGUACCUGCGCAGAGUGCUCAUAAGAGGAUAAGCAACGUUAACGUCUUUUUGCAUGCCCUCGGCUUGGAUGUCAGUCAGUUGGGUGUAUAG